UCUCAUCAUAUAUCCUCUUUGAGGAUGCUAGAGUGCUUCCCAGAGAUGAAGAGGUUGAAGAUGAUAUGGACGAGGCAGCUGUACCUGGGCCUGUGGAUACACAUUGGUCCUUGGACAUGAAGGCACAUGUGGUGGAGACUUUCUUCAUGUAGGGAACUGCAUGCACCUGAUCCAUGCUCAGUUCCCUAUAAUAUAAUUUUGCCUGGGCAUAGAUUGGCUCUGUUACACUUGUGCGCACACACAGGAUACCACCAACUGUUGGGAAGGAAGGCAGUGCAAGUCAUGGAUGUGAUCACAGUAAAACACCAAAAUAUCCUCAAUUUGAGAGAGCAGGGAGAACAGUCACUGUAGUCUCUGGCCAGCACUAUGACAGAUUAUAAAGACAUAUUUCAAGGAGAUGGACACCCAGAUGGCAAACUAAAGUUAGAAAUAGACUCCAAUGUGAAACCUGUGAGUCUACCAAAAUGUAGAGUUUCAUUAGCCUUGGCGGAGCCACUGAAGAAGGAACUGGCAAGCUUGCAAAGAAGAUGCAUCAUUAAACCUGUUGAAACUAGCCAAGAGUGGAUCAGCAGCCUUGCAGUGGCAAGAAAACCUUCAGGUAAACUGAGGAUCUCCAGUGAACAGGGCACUGAAUAAAAGUCCCUACCCUUUACCAACAACUGGGGACAUAUAGCCCUAUUUUCCAGGGCAGACGUGUUCACUCUUUGUGAUGUCAAGAAUGGGAUCUAACUUCUGAUAGAUUGAGCCAGAUAAGUCAUCCAGCCAUUUGACAACCUUUGCUACACCUUUUGGCAGGUACUUCUGGAUACAAAUGCCUAUGGGCAUCAGCCUGGCCCCAGAGGUGUUUUGGUGUAAACUGAACCAGGUACUAAAGGACUUCCAGGCAUUAAGACUGAGGCUAAUGACAUUCUUAUUGUAGGUGAAGGAGAUAUCAAGGAAGAGACAAUCCAAGGCUAUAUACCAAGCUGCAACAAUGCCUAAAUGGGUGCCAGAAGCGGGAUAUGAGGAUGAAUGCAGAUAAGCUGAAGAGAACUGAGGUCCACUAAAUCAGACAUCUGUUGACCUCCAAGGGAUUCCAGUCUGAUCCUGAAAAACAGAGCCAUUACGCAAAGCAAAGGAUGUGAAGGAAGUCCAGCAAUUUGUAGGAAUCUUUCCAGAUUCUGCUCACAUCUAUCAGAAACCUGUGAACCUUUGAGACUUUCAAUAUACCAUGAUGCAGCCGUGGAAUGGCCAGAGACCCAAGAAUAGGCAUUUGAAAGAGUAAAGAAAAUCAUUAAUGAGGCACCGGUCCUAAAGUACUAUAACUCUGCAGAGCAGCUAGAGCUACAGUGUGUUGCUUCAGGAGGAAGAACAGGAGCAGCACUGAUGCAAAGCCUGUAGCUCACAGACUUUGGUAACAGAGCCCUGACAAACACAAAGUGGAUAUGCUCAUAGAGAAAAGAAGCCACUUACUCACUGGGCUCUUUGCAACAGACUGCUUCUAUCAGUUCACCUUUGGGCAUCUUGGGUGCAGUCUGAUCAAACUCUGAGACAUCAUCAUAAAGAAGAUACUGCUAAGUACAGCCAACUGACUGCAAUGCAUGUUAUUGAGACUCUAGUGCUAUGAUUGGAGGAUAAAGUACUGGUGGCAGAUAACCUGCCAGAGUAUAACACAGAUAGCUCUGUGAAACAGGAGACAAGAGUCUAUCAACAUGCUACCAUACCUUCACAUCUUUGAUGGGAGGCUCCAGGCAAUCCAACAAAGGACCAACCAGGAUGAAGUGCUACAGGCAGCAAAAUGACGAACUCCAGGGUUGGCCAUAACACAAAGCGCAAGUGCCACAGGAAGUUACCCUAUACUAUCAGGCAAGAUACAAACUGUGGGUGCAAUACAGAAUUUUGUUUAAAGGGUAACAAUCCCAACAGAUUUAAGACCCAACAUGAGACAGAUACACACUUCACACCAGGCCUGAGAUGAGCCAGCAGUACAGCUUUAUUAUCUUGUGAGACUUGGCAACCACUCAUUGGAAUGAGAGGAAGGUGCACUGGAGUGAAAGGAAUAAACAGAUCAGAAGAAGAAAAGCAACUAAAAGAGCUAAAAAUCAGAGAAGGAAGAAGGCAGAAGUAGCAGCAACACCAGGUUUUGACAGAUCAGAAAGACCCUUUCAGAGAUAGUCAAGAUAUCAGAAGAACUGUUCACCAUCACAAUGAGACUGGUAAUUCUUGAUGACUAUGAUUUGGCAAGUGAAUGGGCAGCCAAGUACAUUUGUAAUCGUAUUAUCCAAUUCAAACCAAGUCAGGGAAGAUAUUUUACGCUUGGCUUACCAACAGGGAGCACACCUUUGGGAUGCUACAAAAAACUGAUAGAAUAUCACAAGAAUGAAGAUCUUUCUUUUAAAUAUGUAAAGACUUUCAACAUGGAUGAAUAUGUAGGGCUUCCAAGAAAUCAUCCAGAGAGUUACCAUUCUUAUAUGUGGAAUAAUUUCUUUAAGCAUAUUGACAUAGAUCCUAAUAAUGCUCACAUCCUUGAUGGGAAUGCUCUAGACCUACAGGCAGAGUGUGAUGCAUUUGAAAAAAAAAUUGAAGAAGCUGGGGGAAUUGAUCUGUUUGUUGGAGGCAUUGGUCCAGAUGGCCACAUUGCUUUCAAUGAACCAGGAUCGAGUUUGGCUUCAAGAACAAGGUUAAAGACUUUAGCAAUGGAUACCAUUUUGGCAAAUGCUAAAUACUUUGAUGGAGACUUAUCUAAAGUGCCAACUAUGGCACUAACUGUUGGUGUCGGUACAGUGAUGGAUGCUAGAGAAGUUAUGAUUCUCAUAACAGGUGCCCAUAAAGCUUUUGCUUUGUACAAGGCAAUUGAAGAAGGGGUCAAUCAUAUGUGGACAGUUUCUGCUUUCCAGCAGCACCCUCGCACUAUCUUUGUAUGUGAUGAAGAUGCUACUUUAGAACUAAGAGUUAAAACUGUGAAAUACUUCAAAGGUUUAAUGCAUGUUCACAAUAAACUUGUGGACCCGCUGUACAGUAUGAAAGAAGAAAACUGAAGGAGGAAUUGAAGAACUCCAUGUGGGUAAACAGCAACAUUUUUAGGUAGCAGACAAAGUUACUGCUAUGCAAUAUGCUGAAACUGCUUAAAAUGGAAAAUCUUAAGUACUGUAUUUUUUAAAAAAUCCAGUAUCUAUACAUUUACAUUCCAUCUCUAUAUGUUGUUGUAUUGUGCAUUUUGUUUUAAUAUUUUGUAGAUGCGACUUCAUUGGCUGCCACAGUAAGUAAACAAGAACAGAGUAAAUGUAAAUGGCAGUUACAUAUUAUGAGAAAUAAAAACAGAAGUGUAUUCUUAGCACAGCAAUGUACUGUUUGACUGUGUGGGAGAAAAUUAUAUUUUAGCUUAAGCAAAAUUCCGUGGCUCCACCAGUGCAAAAUACACUAAUUUUUUUGUGUCUCAAUAUAGGCAAAAUGCUUUUGGGCUUUCACAUGUCAAACAUUAUGGACUUGGAACAGAUGCACAACUUUGGUUAUGAAGUGCUCUGUUUAUAUCUAAUACACAUUGAACUUUUGCACUUUGGUUGCCUUAAAUUAAUCUUAUACCAAUAGCUUCUGGGCGUUUAAGUCCUACUGUACAAUACUCGGGCAAAUAAAAGUAUGAAAACUGCCUAAAAAUGUAGAGGACCCUCUCAAACAAUUACAAUAACUUAUUCUUCAAUUAUGUGCAUAUUAUACUUCUGCCAUAGCACUUUUGUUACAUGUUUCAAGUUUAUUUAGGAAUUUUGUAUUUUGGUAAUUAUGAACUCUCUAGAUAAUGAAUACAUUCAAUAUGUUCCUUUUUGGAGAUGAAUAGCCUCGUUACAAUAAUUAAUUAGUUGUGAUCCAAUCAUUGUAAAGGGAGGUUAAUUGUAGUAAGAAUGCCUAAAAAUCCAAAUGGCUAGUAUUGAAACAAGUCUGACUGUAAACAGAACCGCUUUGCAUUGGAGAUUGCCAUAAAUGUUGAACUGUUACUAAGAAUGCCACUCUUUUCUACCGUUACUCCAAGUAAAGCUUAAAUUCACAAAAA